CUCUUUUUAUGGGGAUGGGGAAAUGUCCCGUUGGGCAUCUUUACUGUAACGGUCACUGUAAACCUGUGAGCCUCCCUGCUCCUGUAAGGUUUGAUCAUAAAUUACGGAGCGAAAGCCUCGAGACGAGCGUGAUCUGGCACGCGCAUUCUACCAGCCAGGCCACCUCUUCCUCUUUUUCCGGAGGAUUAAUCCGAAGAUUGUCGGGGGGGUUGGAGGGGGCGGAGUCGGGAGAUUAGCCGAAACGGAUUAUAGCGGCCGUCCUCGGUUCCCGAUAAUCCAGCCAUCUGUCAGAGAGCAGGCGGGCUGCACCACGGCUCCGGGUUGCCGGCUAUCCCCCGACCAACAGGCUGCUAAUUAAGAGCGCGGGAGACCCACGCAAACGACCGCGACUCGGGCUACUGACCCCUCCGCCACCCCCUCGGCUGCUCCCGGAGGAACUCCGCGUUUAGGACUCGAGGCGGAGAAGCGAUAUCUGGAAGAAUGGAGGAAAUGUACCUGCUGAAACAUCCAGGGGUCAAGAAGAAGAUCCUCCACGGCGGUCAGGGCCCGAUGCCCCACUUCCCACCAGGGACAAAGCUGGUGUUCCACUACCAGACUCUUAAAGAUAACUUUGAGAGGACGGUGAUUGACGACAGCCGUAAAAACAAGCAGCCCGUGGAGAUCUUUGUGGGGAAGAUGUUCAAGCUGGAGGUGUGGGAAGUCCUGCUCACCUCCAUGAGGAUCGGAGAAGUCGCCGAAUUCUGGUGUGACGCUGCGCACACGGGCCUGUACCCCAUGGUGGCGAAGGGCAUCCGGCUGGCGGAGCAGGGCAGGGACCCCCUGGAGGGGCAGAGGCACACCUGCGGCAUGGGGAACCUGUUCCACUACCACUCCACCGGCUUCCCCGAGCUGGACGAGAUCAUGAAGGAGCCCCAGCCUCUCAUCUUCAUCAUGGAGCUCAUUUCAGUAGGGGACCCCUUCUCCUACAAGCGCGAGUCGUGGAUGAUGGAGAAGGACGAGAAGCUGCAGGCCGUGCCCUCUCUGCACCUGCAGGGGAACGCCCUGGUCAAGCAGGCCCGCUUCCGCGAGGCCGCCUCCAAGUACCAGGAGGCCGUGCUGCUGCUGAAGACCGUGCAGUCUAGGGAGAUGCCCGGCCAUGAGGACUACAUUAACCUGGAGCGCCUCAUCACCCCCCUGGUGCUCAACUACUGCCAGUGCAUGCUGGAGCUGCAGGAGUACUACACCGUGCUGGAGCAGACCACCGAGCUGCUGGAGAAGCACAAAGGCAAUGUGAAGGCCUACUACAAGCGGGCCAAGGCCCACGCGGCGGUGUGGAACGAGAAGGAGGCUCGGAGGGACUUCCUGAUGGUGGCCAACCUGGACGUCACGCUGGCCCCGCUGGUGCACAGAGAGCUCAAGCUCCUGUCCGAGAGGAUGAAGGAGAAGUACUGGGAGGAGAAGAACAGCUACUGGGGCAUCCUGGAGGACAAAGGUGGGGCAAAGAGCGGAGGCAAAAAGGGGGAGGGGGAAGAAGAGGAGAGCAGCGUUGCCCUGGAGAAAGAGGAAGAGAGCACCGCCGAUACAGACGAGGACAAAGGACUGGCAGCUGAGGCAGCCAAUCAGGAGUCCACGGGCAGCCAAGGAACCAAUUGGAAUGCGCCUCCAGUGACUGAGGGUAAAGACUGGCAGCAGAUGUUGAGGCUGAUUCCACUACUCCAGGACGAGGGCAAUUUCCUCGUCAAGGAAAAACGAUACCCAGAGGCAGUUGAGAAGUACAAGGAAGCCCUUGAAUACAUAAACUUCCUUCAAACCCAUGAAGUGAAGCAAAAGGGGGAGGACUGGGAGUCCCUGGAGAAAGUGCGGCUGCCGCUCAGUCUGAACCUCAGCCAGUGCAUGCUGGAGCUGGGAGAGCACAGGCAGGUGCUGGAGAUCAACGGCAAGCUGCUGAAGAGACACAAAGAUAACCUAAAAGCGCUGUAUCAGCGAGCGCGGGCGCACUGCGCUCUCCACCAGGAGGAAGAGGCCCGGAGGGACUUCAGCCGAGUGGCGAAGCUGGACCCCAAACUGAAGCCCGUGGUGCGCCAGGAGCUGAGGAAGCUGGGAGAGGCCAUCAGGGCCAGGCAGGUCCAGGAGAAGAAGAACUACUGGACGGCCGCGAAGGAGAAGAAGAGCAGAGGAGGAAGCAAGGGAAGGAAGUCAGAGAAGAGCCAGGGCGUUGAACCAGGGGAGGGCACCCAGGAGCGAGAGUCUGCCGCUGGACUCGAAGACAAAGACGGCAAGGAGGCCCUGGAGGAGAAGGUGUUCAGUGGCGAGGAGGUGCAGACGGCAGGGGUCCAAAGGGAGGAGCAGGAGGUGCCAGGAGGUCCGGCCAGAGGCGGGGAGGACAGAGCGAGUCCCGGUUUAGACCACAUCAGCGGUGUGACUGAGACCACCAGCACAGAGAGCCCCGGGGCAGGGGCAGAGCCUGCUGCAGAACACGCUCCUGCAGAGCAGCCAGCCAAUGACGGUGCCGUCGACAAAGGGGAGGCCAAUGAAUACGCGGGGAACGUUGCCAUGCCAGCAGACCCGGCGAAUGGGAGCCCGGCGGGUGUGCAGAGCCUGGAUAAUGAAGGAGAAAAUGGGAAUGCAGUGACAGCUGAACAUGACUGACGUGGAAAAAUGUACCACAGGCAGUAAAAAAAUACUUUAAAUAGAGGAAGUGGAGUAUAGAAAAUGAUUCGUACGACUGAUUCAACCACCAACAACGUCAACCCCUGAGGACCCCAAUCUGAAAUGAAGCUUUGAAGUACACAUGCUGAGUAGACUCCAUGACUGUUCCCAUCAUUCAGUUCAGGUUUAACUUUUUCCAAAUACUGGAAGCAAGCAGUCAUCAUUUAUAACAAAUACAAAUUUAUUUAUUUCUGUACACAGUACGUAGAAAGGAGCCCACGACUCAUUAAUUUUUAAAAAGCCUUCUGUUCACAGUCAUCUCAUAAAAAUAAGGGAACACAGGAAGUGUGUGAUGUUCUCAUCAAAACAACAUUUUGAAAAACGUAAAAAAACAUUUACUUCUAGACCAUGUCAUGAAGACUCCUGGGUGAAAAUAUAAAAAUAACCAUAAUGAAAUUGGAAUAACAUCAGAACAGGCUUCCCUAAUAGGUGAUAAAGCGAAAGCAGGGAUAUAACCAGUGACAGGAACUGCUUUCUGCUGCAGACCCAGAGGAGGUUAAGCGUUUCAUCGCCUCCACACGGAACCGGAGAAAACAACUUAGCAGGCCUGGCACAAAGCCAAUUAAAGCCUGAGCCAUAAUGUGUUUACCUGUCGUCCACACGUAGAAAUAGCGAGCGUAAUUAGGUCUGAUCGGGCAUAGCUGAGACACGCUAUAGCAGCAUCUUCUGUUUGCUCAUUUUCUUCAUUGAUGUGGCGCAGAGCUGUGAUGGUUAUGUGGUCAUAAAUGUGCUGAUCCACGCGGUCUCUAAUGUGGAUCUCAGUGAAUUCCAAAGGAUAAAUAGAUGAAUAAAUAAAUAAUAUGAAUAUGUAGACGCCUAUAUGACUUGCUGUACAUAUGUGGUGCGAUGGUUUCGAUGGCAUCCACUAAAGUGUGUCCAAAGCAGGGAUUAAAUAGGGGGGUAAAAUCACAGAUUAGCAAAAAUCUGACCAGUUCCCUGCAAUAAAAGAAAUGGUAUGGUGCUUUUUUAAAACUACAAAAGAAAAGACUUGCACACUUGAUUAAUGCUCCAAAAAACACAAAUAAAUAGCACUUAUUUUGCCAUGAGAACGGUUAACGAUUAACCUUCUGAUGAAGACCAAUGUGGUCAAUACAUUAACCGUUCUCAUUGUGAAAUAAAUACUUAUUAGGGCCUAUUUGUGAUUUUUAGGAGCAUCAAGUGAGUGUGGGAGCCUUUUCUUUUCCGAUCCCAAUGUGUUCCUGUGACCCAGCACCUUGCCCACGUUUUUUGGUGUGCGUUUGUUUUUUCAACUACACUAUGGUGCUUUUUAAAACCUUGUUGCCCAUGCCAGGCCACUCCUAAUCCAGUCUGAAAUUUUACCGAAGCUACUGACUGUUCCUGUCUGGUGUCCUGGAAUGACCUGGGAUGAUUCCUUUGGUGAAAAGCUGCUGUGUCAUUGCAAUGCUGAAAUAAUUUUAUUUCUAACCAAAUGUGCUAUGAGAAAUAAGUCAUAGUCAAAUCACUGUACUGUAAAUUAUCCCUAUGCAGUUAAAGUGUAAUAAAAUACAUGAAUCAGUCAACAUAACGUGUAAGUAGUGUUUUUUAAGGCCACAUGGUCCACAUCUGCAGUACUCCAGAUCUGAAAAGAUUGUUUCCUUGGCGAUUGUAAGGGAUGUUGAUUUUGGUGCAUAUUAAUGACAUGCCAUUUUUGUCUUGGGGGUCAGCUGCGAGGUUAGUUGUGCGGAUAUGCUGCCUAUCCUCAUGUCCUCCUCCUGUAUGGUAAUCUGCAGCUUCUCCAUUAUGAAUGUCGCCCCACCUUCUAGCUUCCAGCCUGCAGUGCGGCGUCCAUGGGGACCGUA